AUGUCUGGAAGCGAGUUUGCCUCGUCGUCGUUUAACUCAUCUUACGGAAAUGGAUCUAUGGUUGAGGACCCUUUCCUGGAGGCUCCCCUGAAGCAGAUCCUCAUUACUGUCUUCGUGGUGAUCUUCGCUCUCAGCUUCUUCGGCAACAUCCUCGUCGUCUACGUCAUCGCGAGGAACAAGAGCAUGCACACGGUGACUAACUUCUUCCUGGCGAACCUCGCUCUUGCGGAUCUCCUAGUUGCAGUCUUCUGUGUGAUUCCGCAGCUCCUGUGGUACGUCCUCGACAGCUGGCCUUUGGGCUUGCUGAUCUGCCGCCUCCACAAGUACAUGACAAGCGCUGCAACAACUGCUUCGAUAUUGAUCUUGACGGUAAUCUCUGUUGAGCGUUACAUUGCCAUUCUCCAUCCCCUUGAGACGAGAAGGGUCUUGACGACACGACGACUGACCAUCACUGUCAUGCUAGUUUGGAUGCUUAGCGCGGUUGUGAACAUCCCCGUGGCGCUCUUUUACAACCUCCUGCACUAUGGUGACAAGAAAUACUGCACUCCCAGCGAAUUAUCUGAGGGUGUAGCUCGCAUGCACACUAUCAUAUUCUGUGUGUUCUUCUAUACGAUCCCGUUGAUCAUCAUGGCCGUGCUGUAUGGAAUUAUUUCGAGGAAGCUGUGGACUACGAGCACAGGAAAACGCGUCUUCAGUGGAGAGGACAGCGGGUUUCAAAGAGGUACGGGCUCUCGAUUCACAAGCCGCAUCACUGGUCGUUUUUCAAAGGCAAAGUCAAAUGCCUCUAACCAUUCCAAUGCGAACAAUGCAGCAGGAAACAUUUACCGUCCAAACACUGACACGGAGGGUACGGUCGUCCUGGAGAUAGCGAAUGACGGGGACAAAAAGGAUGGCAAUAUCAAAUCGAAGUUAGAAGAAGUCAGCACUGGACCAUCUAAGAAUCAGAAGAUAGGUCCAUUCUUUGUCGAUGAGCCAACUGAUGACCUAGAAUCUACUCCAGGUACAGAAAUGGAUGUGAAAGUUCCUUUGACGGCGAACGAAGGAAACAAUAACUUGAACGGUACGAAGGAAGAUACCACCAACAUAACUGCCGUGUCUGGAUCAAAGCGUACGAGUCGAAAUGCACCCGAUCCGAAACUUACGCGUAACCAAUCGAGUAUUUCUGUCGGGAAGGAUCGCUCCAGUAAACGAGCAAACGAUGAUGUCUCCAGUGGACGUUCCCGAGGGAAAGGACGCAGUAACGUCAUGGCGGCUAGAAAGAAGGUCAUCCGUCUUCUCGUUUUCAUCGUCGUUUCUUUCGCCCUUUGCCUAUUCCCAGUGCAGUUACAGACCUUCUGGCAGGCCUUUGGCCACAACAUUAUCCUGAACAGUCAGGGCGGUAUCUACUUCCUGCCCUUUUCCCAAGCACUUUACUUUUUCAAUAGCGCCCUCAAUCCGUUCCUCUACGCGUUCUUCUCGGACAAUUUCCGCGCCAAGUUCAAACAGACGCUGAAGUUGGGCAAACAGACUAACCGCGCCAGCAUGACAUCCAGGUCCGCCCUUCAACGUUUACCAAGCAUGACGUCUUACGCUCAAACAGAGACCGUGUAUGUAUCUACAUGAAUACACACCAGACACUCUUCAAGGAAUUUUGGAUUGAACUGAAUGAAUUGUUUUGUACGGGUAGGUUAACGAUAAUAACAACCCUAUAGAGUAUUGAUUGCGCAUCCAUUUUGUGACGUUUUAAACCGAGAUGCUAUCGGGUUAAUAUUGAGAAGUGCAAUGAAUUCAUAUUGAUCUGACUUUGAAUUGAGGGUGGCAUUCAAACCGAUUUCCCUUUAUCGCCGAAACAAAAGUCAAAAGAAGUUGUAUGACCUUUCUCGAACUAAACAGAUCCAUUUGUAGUCAAACAACUUCUGAAAUGCUGUUGUAUGGAGGCAAUCUUUCUCUGAAUAUUGAUAGUUAUGAACAUCCACCUGGGACAAUUUCUCGGAACCUAUACAUGGACUAUCUACCUAUCAGUCAUGUAUACAUGCCUUUGAUGUGAUUGUGCAAUUUUGUGCAAACGUUACAUAUCGAUGUAAAUGGUACACUGCACAAACGCCGGUGUUAAUUUAACACCAGCCUGGUAUCUUUAUUAUCGUUUUGAUCUUAUCUCGUGUUGUUUCAUUGCUUUUCUGGUGUGGACCGAUGUAAAUACCGGGCUGGUGUUAAAUCACACCCGUGUUUUUGCAGUGUAAAUUGUAUAUUUAUAUAAACAUGAUGAAUGGUGCUGUUUAACAGCCUACAUGUAGACUGUGUGCCGCGAUUUUUUUUCUUCAUCUUAUACAUGUAUUUAGUAUUCUAUUUGUUUGGUUUUUUUCUAUUGUUUUCGUUUAUAUCCUCUUUUUCCUAAAAACGAUUUAGCUCAUCGUCAUGAUUUUUUUUUCUAUUCGGAGAAUAAAUACUUUCAUGUACUUUGACAGCACGAUGUCAACUAACAAGGCUGCGAUAAAAUUUCGUUGUUCUAGAUUCCUCGACCAUUCCCUGGUGUUGUGUGUGUAAAUUAGAUGAUGUAAUUAUCAUCACUAUUGGUUUAUCCAUUCAUACAUUUAGUUCUCAUUUCAAACAAGCAAAAUCAGAAUCACAUCAUAUCGUUAAAAUGUAUGUAGUAAUUAUUUAAAAAGCCGUCACUAUGGCUGCAGUUUCGAUUUUUUUUCUGCAGGAAGAAAAUUAAAGGAGCGGAAAUUCUUAAUUUUUUUUACUCCACAAAAUGAAGCAAAUGGUUCUUUAC